AUGAGCAUUUAUUACGACGAGAUUCUAGCUGGGAACUGUUUUGGUCAAAUAAAUGUAACAACACCAACAUCGGUUAAAACUACUGCUCAAGAAAGAGAUCAAUCGAUAAAAAUGACAAGUGCUACAGAUUCGUCAUUAGUGGAUGGCAUAAAUGGAGAAAAGAUGGAAAAUGGCACCAUCGUCCAUGAGCAACAUACUGUCCUAGAUGAUUUAGGCUUUUCUACAACAGAUUUAUACAAUAUGGCUAAACAGUUUUUAAAAGAGAAAGAAGGUACAAAAGCAAUUCAGUUAGGAUAUCGAGACAAACAACAUUUGGUUGCUUUAUCGAAACAAGCAGCUUUCGGAAAAUAUCAACCACAAUCGGCAAAACAAGUUGGGUUUUUAGAUGUGAUAGGAAACGAUCGCAGACAAGCAUGGAUCGAACUUGGAGAUAUGUCAUCGGAAACAGCGAAGAAAAAGUUUAUAGAAUUAUUAUCAGAACGAUGCUCAAUGUUCCGACCGUAUCUUGAAGCUCACUGCAAAGAUAAUGAAGAAAAAGAGCGCCUAAGACAAGAAGAUGAAAAACGUCGUAUUUUAGAACAAGAAGCUGAACGAGAUAGAAGAAAACAAGAAGAAGAAGUGAUCAAAUUAGAAGAUAUUAAAAAGAAACGAGAAGAACAACAAAAAAAACAAAUUCAAGACGCAUUGAAUCAACAAACCUAUCCUCAAUUUAAAGCUUACGCUGAACAACAACAUCGUGAUAAUUUACUAGCUCAAGAAGAUUUAAUUAGACAAUUACAAGAACAACAUUUUCAACAGUAUAUGAGUCAAGUUUAUCAACAACAAUUAUUUCAUCAACAACAACAAAUAAAAGCAGCGUCUGCCUCAGCAACUCCUACUCAAAAUAAACAACAGCCAUCAUCUAGUGCCAUGGAAAAUAGUAUAAAUUCUCAACAGUGGAACACUAGUGGUAGCUAUGAUCAUGAUCAAGAAAAAAUCGAAAAAAUCCAAUCUGACCUUCAGUCUAUGGAAAUAAAAAAUACUACAACUACUCCACCAUCAUCAAUAGUAGAAACUUCUACAUCUCAGACAGGAUCAGUUGAUUUGGGAAAUUUUCAGCCAAUAAUAAAACCAGAAAAUGAUAGUAUAGAUGGUGGUUCUAUGAUUUCAGUAUCAAAAGUUGAUGAAACUGCUCCGAACACAGCCGAUGAACAAUUGCAACCAGCAGAAGAAGUAGUUCGUGAAUAUCCUCCCAUAGCUCCAGCCAAUAUGUGGACACGUAAAGAUAUUAAAGAAUUUAAAGAACAUGUACGAAAAGAAAAAGAUGCUGUAAUUAAAAUUGGUAGUGGAGAAACAGUGACAGUUCGGGUACCGACUCAUGAAGAUGGUCGAUGUAUAUUCUGGGAGUUCGCUACCGAUUAUUAUGAUAUUGGUUUUGGUCUCUAUUUUGAAUGGACGAAAGCUCAGUCGAAUACAGUCACCGUUCAUGUCAGCGAUUCAAGUGAAGAGGAAGAAGAAGGCGAAGAAGGAGCUGAGAAAAAAGAUGUUGAAAAAGGUCGUAAAGCACCAAAACCGUAUCAGGAUGAAAUCAUUCCAAUUUUUCGUCGUGAUUGUCAGGAAGAAAUAUACGCUGGAAAUCAUCCUUAUCCAGGUGAUGGUGUUUAUUUAUUAAAAUUUGACAAUUCCUAUUCAUUAUGGCGUUCGAAAACACUCUAUUAUCGUGUUUAUUAUAGUCGUUAA